UCGGUCCGAAAUCCACGCAUAUAAAGGUAAUUGCUUCCGAGACUCUGUCUGUUGAGUUCUUUGAGCAGCAUUAGUAUGUCUGGGCGCGGUAAAGGAGGUAAAGGUCUUGGAAAGGGGGGUGCUAAGCGCCACCGCAAAGUUCUGCGAGAUAACAUCCAGGGCAUUACUAAGCCUGCCAUCCGGCGCCUGGCCCGGCGUGGUGGUGUGAAGCGCAUCUCCGGCCUCAUCUACGAGGAGACCCGCGGGGUGCUGAAGGUGUUCCUGGAGAACGUGAUCCGGGACGCCGUCACGUACACUGAGCACGCCAAGCGCAAGACGGUCACGGCCAUGGAUGUGGUCUACGCGCUCAAGCGCCAGGGCCCCGUCAAGUUGUGCGUUUUCUCCGUACUUCCUGCAAUGGCUCGUACUAAGCAGACAGCCCGAAAGUCCACCGGCGGCAAGGCGCCGCGCAAGCAGCUGGCCACCAAGGCGGCCCGCAAGAGCGCGCCGGCCACGGGCGGCGUGAAGAAGCCGCACCGCUACCGGCCCGGCACGGUGGCCCUGCGCGAGAUCCGCCGCUACCAGAAGUCCACGGAGCUGCUGAUCCGCAAGCUGCCGUUCCAGCGGCUGGUGCGCGAGAUCGCGCAGGACUUCAAGACCGACCUGCGCUUCCAGAGCUCGGCCGUGAUGGCGCUGCAGGAGGCGUGCGAGGCCUACCUGGUGGGGCUCUUCGAGGACACCAACCUCUACUUUGUUUCAACCAUGUCUGGCAGAGGUAAGGGUGGAAAGGGCCUGGGAAAAGGAGGUGCCAAGCGCCACCGCAAAGUUCUGCGUGACAACAUCCAGGGCAUCACUAAGCCCGCGAUCCGGCGUCUUGCUCGUCGUGGUGGUGUCAAGCGUAUCUCAGGUCUCAUCUACGAGGAGACCCGCGGGGUGCUGAAGGUGUUCCUGGAGAACGUGAUCCGCGACGCCGUCACCUACACCGAGCACGCCAAGCGCAAGACGGUCACGGCCAUGGACGUAGUCUAUGCUCUCAAACGCCAGGGCCGCACCCUCUACGGCUUCGGUGGCUAAGCUUGACCUUGCAAGUUUUUUUUUUUGUUUUUUUUUUUUUCCCUUUUUUCCUUGUAA